AUGGUUAUUGAUUCAAAAAUUGUUGGUGAUGUGAAGGACCCGCGUGGUAGUGCACAUGAUAUCUCCAAAUCAGAAGGGACUUUGUUAUCCAAAUUAAUGUCAGGUACAGAAGGAUCAUCAGAGGAAAGAGUUACAAACAAAAUACAAAGAUUUACAGCCACAAGUGCAAAAAUAUCAAAAUAUCUUUACUCCAAAAUUCAGAUAUCCCAACUGGAAAUUGAAGAAAAUUCACGAGAAAUUGUUAUUUGUCCUUGGAUAAAACGAAUUGAUGAUGCAAAGCAAAAGCAUGUGUUCGCAAGAGAGCUGGCAAAAAGACUGAUCGAAAAAGAAAAUGGUUGGAGUGAUUACCUAUAUUGCGAAAAUUUUCAUGUUUCUGGAUUGGGCUGCGUUGGAGAAACUUCGUCACAGAAUAAGAAGAAUAGAGUGGUAGACCCACUUAUCCUAGCAACAAAGCACGGCAUCCAUGAGAUGGUAGAGGAAAUCCUUGAAAAAUUCCCUAAUGUUGCAACUACAUUUGAUGAGAAUGGAAGAAAUAUACUGCACAUGGCAGCACAGUUGAAAGAUAGAAUUCUCUAUGACUACUUGAAGAAGACUGUUAAUCACGCAGAUAGGAUGAUGGCCAAUGUUGAUAAACAUGGAAACACCAUCUUGCAUCUUACAGCCUAUGAGUGCAAGCAGGGUCAUUUUCUCGCAACUCAUUUUGGACCUAUAAACCGAAUGUCAUGGAAUGUAUUUUGGUUCAAGCGUGUACAGAAUGACUGUCAUCCACAUUUGAUAUAUCAUCAAAACAUUGAGGGUAAGACACCAAAAGAACUAUUUGAGGAAGAGCGCGAGGACAUGAUAAACAAAGCUGAGAAAGUAGUCAAAGAUAUCAAUUGCUGCUUGAUGCUUGUUUCUACUCUAAUUGGCAUGGUCAAUUAUGCAGCACUUUUUACUGUCCCUGGUGGUUUCGAUCAAGACAAGGGCCUGCCAAUUUUUUUCACAAAAGCGAAAAAUGGGUGAGAGGAUCUGCAGUUGUUCAUGGUUUAUGUAGGAGGAAGUUUGGUUGCUUCUUUAUUGGGUUUGGGAACUCAGCUUUCAAUACAAGUGUCACGGUUCAAUAGUAAUGAUUUUCACAUUUCAUUGCCGUUGAAAUUUCUUCUUACAGUCACGUCCUUGUUCUAUGCUGCGGCCUUCUCAAUCACAGCAUGCUUCCAAAUCUUCAUCAUUGAGGGUGCCUUCAUAAACUCAUAUUUUGCGGUGAUGGUGCUUGCCUAUAUAUUUAUGGGCCUUGUUUACACGGACUCAUUAUACAUGACCUAUGAUUACUUGUACUACAUAACUCGUUUUUCGCUUGCUUAUAGAGGCCAGAAAAUGUAAGUCUGCAGCUGGGUUGGUACUUGUUUUAAGAUCAUGUUUGUAUUUGUGUGCAAUUUAAGUGUGACUAUACAUGUGAGACAGAUAUAUGUAUUGGAAAAGGACUGUUGAAGGAGAGUUUCUCAAGUAUUGCUAAGACAUGCUAUGAAUACAGUUAAUUAUCUUGUAUUUAAAUAAUGCACUGCUAUAGAUCUUGUUGGCAUGCUUUAGAUGUGGAAUGUAUAUGGUUCACGAGCUCUAGUUUGUUA